UUCCACUUCCGCUUCCACUUCCCUCACUCUUCCUGUCUUCUUCUUCCUCCCCUCCCCUUGUCAUCAUCCCCCCUUUCUCCCGCAAGCCUGCCUGUCUUUACUUCCCAUAUCUCCCUCUCUGGAUUUCCUUCCAUCCCUCCCCCACUUGGCCUUCCUCGGAUCCCCCGUCCCUGGUCGCCCUGAAGCUCUCGCCGCCUCGCGGUCAUUCCCCGCAGUCUCCUGCAUUCCACCCCCGACCCCAGUCUACCCUGCGGAGGCGCGACCCCGUCGUCGCUGAAGCUUGUGUUCGUCCACCAUGGCUAUGAGUAGGAUAAGGGGGGCCUUCGCGGUCCCCAAAAAGGGCGAGACUUUUGAAUUGCGAGCUGGUCUUGUAUCUCAGUAUGCAUAUGAACGGAAGGAGUCCAUCCAGAAGACCAUCAUGGCCAUGACGCUCGGCAAGGAUGUCUCCGCUCUGUUCCCGGACGUCCUUAAGAACAUUGCGACCAACGAUCUCGAACAGAAGAAGCUAGUCUAUCUGUACCUUAUGAACUACGCCAAAUCUCACCCCGACCUCUGCAUUCUCGCCGUCAAUACCUUUGUUCAAGACUCCGAAGACCCCAACCCCCUCAUCAGAGCCCUCGCGAUUCGUACAAUGGGAUGUAUCCGUGUGGAUAAGAUGGUGGAUUACAUGGAGGAGCCGCUGCGCAAGACCCUGCGCGAUGAGUCGCCGUAUGUCCGCAAGACCGCUGCGAUCUGUGUGGCCAAGCUCUUCGACCUGAACCCCGCCCUGUGUCUGGAAAACGGCUUCCUCGAGAUGCUGCAGGAGAUGAUCGGCGACCCCAACCCCAUGGUGGUGGCCAACUCGGUCACUGCGCUGUCGGAGAUAUACCACGCCGCCCCCGAAACGCAAGCCCUCAAGGUCACGACCAACACCCUGCGCAAGCUUCUCAUGGCCUUGAACGAGUGCACGGAAUGGGGCCGUGUCACUAUCUUGACUACCCUGGCGGAAUACAAAACCUCGGAGGUGAAUGAAUCCGAACAUAUUUGCGAAAGGGUCGCUCCUCAGUUCCAGCACGCCAACCCAAGUGUGGUGCUGGCCGCCGUCAAGGUGGUCUUCCUCCACAUGAGGAACGUUAACCCUGAGCUGGCGAAGACCUACCUUAAGAAGAUGGCUCCCCCUCUUGUGACUCUGGUGUCCUCCGCCCCCGAAGUCCAAUAUGUGGCCCUCCGGAACAUCGAUCUACUGCUGCAGAAGCAACCUGAUAUCCUGAACAAGGAGCUCCGGGUGUUCUUCUGCAAGUAUAACGACCCCCCCUACGUCAAGUUCCAGAAACUGGAGAUCAUGGUUCGCAUAGCCAACGACCGCAACGUUGACCAGCUCCUGGCAGAGCUGAAGGAAUACGCGCUUGAAGUGGACAUGGACUUUGUGCGCCGUGCCGUCAAAGCUAUCGGCCAAGUCGCCAUCAAGAUCGAGAGCGCCAGCGAGAAAUGCGUCAACACCUUGUUGGAUCUCAUCAACACGAAGGUCAACUACGUGGUGCAAGAGGCCAUUGUCGUGAUCAAGGAUAUCUUCCGGAAAUACCCUGGCUACGAGGGUAUCAUCCCUACCCUCUGCCAGUGCAUUGAUGAGCUGGAUGAACCUAAUGCCCGGGCUGCGCUUAUCUGGAUUGUGGGUCAGUAUGCGGAGAAGAUCAGCAAUGCGGGAGACAUCCUGGCUGGGUUCGUGGAAGGCUUCAACGAAGAAUUUUCUCAGACCCAGCUGCAGAUCUUGACGGCAGUUGUCAAGCUCUUCCUCAAACGGCCCGAAAAGGCCCAAGGGCUUGUCCAGAAAGUGCUGCAGGCAGCGACGGCUGAAAACGACAACCCUGACGUCCGUGAUCGGGCCUACGUCUACUGGCGCUUGCUAUCCAACACCAGCGAUCCCGAGGCUACCAAGAACAUCGUGCUCUCCGACAAACCGCCAAUCGUCACCACCAUCCAUUCUCUACCCCCAGCUCUCCUCGACCAACUGCUCACCGAGCUGUCCACCCUCGCAUCUGUCUACCACAAGCCCCCGGAGCAGUUUGUUGGCCAGGGUAGAUUCGGUGCGGAUGCUGUCCAGAGGGCCGCCAUUGCGGAACAAAUCGAGAAUGCGCGCGAAAGCCCGUUGGCAGCAGCAGCCGCCGCAGCCGCCGUCACUGGCGGUGCUGCGGCCCCCCAGGCUCAGAGCAACGUCGAGAACCUGUUGGAUAUCGAUUUCGAUGGCACCGCUCCGGCGUCCGCCCAGAAGGAGCCGGGCGAUGGCAUGUCCGGUCUCGAAGGCCUUGCCGGCACUCCCGUCCGCGUGGAAUCUCCGGCCGUCGGGGCACCUGCGGGAAGCAACAACCUAGACGACCUCCUCGGUGUAUUCGGCGAUGGCGGCGCGACAUCCUCGGCCAGCGGGAGCGGUGCUCCCAACGGGGGUGGCGCAGGAGCGGACCUGAUGAAUGGCUUUGCUGGGUUGGAUCUGUCAGGCAACAGCAUGGCAUCUCCACCGGCAGGAGGCAGCCAACCGAAGAAGACCAACGAGGAUAUCAUGUCAUUAUUUUGAGGCGCGACGGACCAUGCAUGAUGUAUGAUGGCGAACGACUCCGUAUGGCUGAACGAACGGUGCCACCCAGGGAGAUUGGGCGGCGCGCCCACAUAAUUGAGUCGAUGCAUUCCAAAAUAGAUCGCCGUGUUGUUUUCUUUUUGGCCAGGGUUGAUAAUGUUCCCUUUCUUUCCAUCUCUUUCUUCCCUGUCCCAUACCGUUUCUAUUUAUCUGUAUAUCCCAUGUUACCGGAAGCUUCUGAGCAUCUACUAUCUUCUACGUAUCCAUCCCAUCCUGUCCUUUGUCCUUGUCUGCCAAUUUUCCCGAAACAGUUGGCUUUCUACUACGCGGAAUGUGUGCUAUGAAAGAGGCCAAUUGAGUCAGGUGAUGAUCACCGCAUCGUUCAAUGCUCG